AUGGUGUCAAGUGUGCCCUUGGAAGGCCAGGGCAAUCACACUUCCGAUUUCGUGUUUGUUCUCCUGGGACUCUCAGAUGAAAGAAACCUGCAGCUUAUUCUGUUUCCAGUCUUCUUAGGGACCUAUCUUGUGACCCUCAUUUCAAACUUGACUCUUAUUACCCUAAUCAGGAUGGACUCCCACUUGCAUACACCUAUGUAUUUUUUUCUUAGUUUCCUUUCAUUUAUAGAUGUUUGUUACUCUACUUCAAUCAAUCCAAGGAUGCUUUCAGAUUUCUUCAGAGAUCAAAAAAUAAUAUCCCCUAUUGCCUGUGCUACCCAGCAUUUUGUGGCUGCUUGGAUGGGUCAGGGUGAGGGUUGUCUCCUGGCUGCCAUGGCCUAUGACAGAUACGUGGCCAUUGGUAACCCUCUGCAGUACACAACCAUCAUGGCACCUGAGCUCUGUCAGAUGAUGGUGGCUGGGGCUCUUGGAACUGGUUUACUCUGUGGCUUAGUUGAAACAAUUCCUGCCUUUAAUCUGCACUACUGUGGGCCCAACUUAAUUCAACAUUUCUUUUGUAAUGUUCCUGAGAUUAUUGUUUUAGCUUGCUCCAGUCCCUUCAUCAGCCAAAUGGUUCUUUUUCUUGUAGCGACUUCUGUUGGGUUUGGUUCUUUGUUAAUUAUCUUGCUAUCCUAUGGGUACAUUGCAGCUUCCAUUCUGAAAAUAUCCUCAGGCAAAGGCAGUCUCAAGGCCUUCAAUACCUGUGCCUCCCACCUGGCCGUUGUGACCCUCUUCUAUGGUACAGCCCUGGCUGUGUAUGGAAAUCCUAGUUCUGGCCACCCUGAUAAGCAGAACAAGAUGCUGUCAGUGUUCUACGUUAUUAUUAUCCCUAUGUUGAACCCUCUAAUCUAUAGUUUAAGGAACAAGGAAAUCAAGGCAGCAUUAAGGAGGGGGAUAAAAAGGUCAAGGCAGUAA